AUGUUGUUCUUACUUCUAAUAAUACCAUUGACGAUUAGCUAUAAUCCAUUCAAGACCAAAUCCAUAACUCAAGAGAGAUUAUUAUGUAAGAAUUGUAGUAGUUAUUUCCCUAAUCAUCCACCAUGGAAUUUAUCAUAUGCUCCAUUCACAGUGAUUUGUCCUCCAGGUGAAUUAAUUCGAAGCGCCAAUAAUACUUUAUGUCAGGAAGAAUUACAUUAUAUUACUCAACGUAAUGCCAAAACGGAAAUAUCCCUCAAAUCAUUAUUAUAUAGAAAUAGAAUCCCCAAUUUUGACAUUGAAACAUUUUGGUCAAUUAAAACCAAACCAAUUCAAAUAGCCCUUGCUAUAUCUGGUGGAGGUUAUAGAUCAAUGUUAACAGGUGCAGGGGUGAUAUUGGCAUUAGAUGAUAGAUAUCCAAAUUCAUCAUUAUGUUUAAAUGGUUUAUUACAAAGUACUAGUUAUAUUGCUGGAAUAUCGGGUGGAUCAUGGUUAGUAAUGAGUAAUUUUAUUAAUGAUUUUGAACCUAUUCAUAAAUUACAAAAUUUGAUUCCAGAAGAAUGGGAUUUAAGUGAACUGUUAUUACAAGGGGUACCUAAUUUUGAUACUUCAGAUUUACAAAAAACCCCACUACAACAACAACAACAACAACAAAGAAAUAAAUACAAGAGUAAAAAACAAGGAAUGUUUAGUAGUAUUUUGGAUUUGUUCACAUCAAUGAAAAGCGCCAGCACCAGUAGUAGCACCAGUAGUAGCACCAGUAGUCGUGGAAGUAGUACUGGGAGUAGCGGUGGUGGCUGGAUUGGCAAUUUGUUCAAUCUUCCACAAGAGCAAUCACUAACAAAAUCCAACCAAACUAAAGAUGGAUACGGUUUGAUAAAAAAAUACUUGCAUUUCUAUAAAGAAUUACUAAUUGAAGUCAGAGAUAAAAAGAAAGCAGGAUUCCAUACCUCAUUUACAGAUUAUUGGGGUCGAGCAUUGGCUAGGAGAAUUUUCAAAUCUACAGCAAGAACUCCGGGAGCAACAAUAUCUGCUGCCACACACGUAUUGACUUCAUUCAAAGAAUACGACCAACCUUUCCCCAUAAUCGGAACCAUUGAAAAAGAUCCUAGUAAUCCAGAAUUUUCAACAAAUUUUGAAUCCCAUUGUUUUGAAUUCACCCCAUUUGAAUUUGGGUCUUGGGAUUCAUAUUUACAUGCAUUUAUUCCAAUUAAAUAUUUGGGAACAUCAUUGAAAGCUAAUGUACCAACCAAGAAAUCAACCACUGCAAAUCAUUCUUAUUGUGUUUCUGGUUUUGAUAAUGUUGGGUUUAUUACAGGUACUUCUUCGUCACUUUUCAACCAUGUAUUUUUUUCAGUGUAUAAGUUACUCGAAAGUUAUGAACUGGAUGCAGUGUCAUUAAUCGAAACAACAUUGAAAUCACUUGGAUUGAGUUCAGAAUGGAAGGCAUUGAAAAACCCCAAACUACACGCUGAUUAUGCCUUGUAUUCACCCAAUCCAUUUUUCCAAUAUGGCAAGAAAAACACUAGUAUCUGGGAAAGUCCAGAUUUGUAUUUAGUAGAUGGCGGAGAUGAUGGACAAAAUAUACCUUUCCAUCCAUUCUUGAAUGUAGCCAGAAAUGUAGAUAUUAUAUUGGCAUACGAUAUGAGUAAUGAAAGGGAUAAUUACCCUAAUGGGACCGUACUUGCACGAACAUCACAACGUUAUAAACAGACAAACAACACCAAUAUUGAAAUACCGUAUUUCCGCCUAGCUGAUGGCAUCAUAAACAAACCAAUAAUCAAAUCAAUAUUCCCUAAAGUUCCUACACCAAAACAGUUCAUCACUCAUGGAUUGAACAAGUAUCCAAUAUUUCUUGGUUGUGAUAUUGUUGAAGAUUAUGAAACUUUGGAAUUCUCCGACAUGAUACCGAAGAAAACACAAAUACGGCCACAGAACUAUUUACCUCCUUUAAUUGUAUACCAUGCAAACAACAAUUAUAGUUAUUGGUCAAAUACAUCUACUUUCCAAUUGAGUUACAAUAAAACCGAAGUUUAUGGAAUGAUAAACAAUGGCUACAAUCUUGCGACAUAUAUGAAUAGCACAGUGUUUAGUGUAUGUCUAAACUGUGCAAUACUCAAAAGGGAAUUUGACAGAUUGUCAUUGCAGAUAAAUCCAAAAUGGCAUGAUGGUAAAUUCAAUAUUCCCAAGAUUUGCAAGAAGUGUUACAAAACAUUCUGUUGGAGAGAUAAUUGA